AUGGGCAAAAAGGUGACUGUGGAGGAAGUGAUGACUAUGACUGCAUACCUGGAUCUGUUCUUGUGCAGCAUUUUGGAGACAGCCCUCCUCAAGAUUUUCCUCCACUUUAUUUUGCUGCACCAAUCUGAGAAUGUUCAUAUCCUGGAUACAUUUACCAGCAGAAUCAGCUCACCACUCUGGCACUGUGUGGUCUCCUUGGCAUUGUUCAGAAUGCUCAUUGGCUUGCAUUGUGAAGAUGUGAUGUUACAGCUAGUUCUAAGGUAUCUGAUCCCAUACAACCACAUGAUGCUGAAGCAGCAGGCACCUGUGAAAGAGAGAGAAUGUUACUCUGUAUCUCCUGCAAAACUGCUGGCCCUGACAGCUCUCUGCUGCUGCACUGGAAUCACGACUCUUGAAAGCCAAGGAAAAGACUAUAUUCUCUGGACAAAACCAGCACAAACUAAAGAUCCUGGUAGACGCUCUUCUGAAUCUGCUUGCAUUGUGGACUAUUUAAGGGCUGUGGACAGCUACUUGCACUAUCUGGGGAAAGCUCAAGAAGACGUCAUGCAGUGCAUGAAAGACUGUAAGGUCUGGUCUGCCUUGUAUGAUGGAGUAAAUCCUGAUGCAGACACCUUUAUCCAAACGCUUGCAGAAGAGAACAGUACAGGUGUGGAACACGCCAUGUUUAGGCUCCAGCAAAGGACACCUAGAACACAUAGCUCUGCGCAAGCAUGUGCCCAGAAGGAUACUCAAGAUGAUGACAGCUCCAAGGAGAAAUCCUUAAAUGUAGCCAGAGAACACAAGGUGAGGACCCAGACCACUGUCAAUGGGUCUCUUGCAAAGACCCAGCUGGAAAUGGACUUGGAUGAGCACAAUGGUGGGGAUUUCAUUGCACAGUAUGACAGAAUUAUUAAGGAACUGGAUCCAAACAGUGCAAGCUUGGAGGAGCAGAAGCUGGAUGCUCCUGAUCUUGUCUCUCCAGCCGAAGAGGAUUUUGAGAAUUUCUCAGCAGAUACUCCUUCUGCAGAGAGCCUAUCAACUCUAUUGGAUGAAAGAAGGAUGUCUCCUAAGCACUCUACAAGGAGCCAGAGUGUGCCAUUUACAGAACCAUUCAUCAGCGUAGUAUUUUCAAAGCUGGAGAACAUGCUGGACAAUUCCUUGCAUGUAAAUUUGCUGCUUCUUGGGAUUACUACUCAGCUGGCAAGUUACCCAUAGCUGCUUCUUCGCUCCUUUCUGCUCAACACCAGCAUGGUGUUUCAGCCUAGUGUGAGCUCACUCUAUCAGGUGCUGGCAUCUGUGAAAAAUAAGAUUGAAUGUUUUGCUUCCAUUGAAAAAGACUUCCCAGGUCUUCUCCUGGAGGCUCAACAGUACUUGCUUUUUCGUGUGGACAUGUCUGAUGCUGCGGAAGAAUUGCUCACCAAAGGGAAUGUCCAGCACAGCAGCAACACAGGUAAAGGAAUGAAUCUUCCCAAAGUUUUUCUGGCUGUACUGCAGCCUGUCCUGGAACAGAAAGGAAAGAAAGGCCUGGCUCAUCCCAGCCUUCCUGUGCAUGUGAAGAAUGCUGUACUUGCAGCUGCCCUUUACCCAGAGUUCCUGAAGGAGCUGGCAGCUCUAGCCCAGGAACAUUCUUUUUUAUGUUACCAAAUAUUGGGGGAUUUUGAAGAUUAUUAUCAGUAUUGGAAGGUUCUGGAAGGUUUCUCGAGAGCCUACUCCAGGCUGAACAGCCCCAACUGUUUCAGCAUGCCCUCACAGGUGAGAUGUUCCAGCCCUGUGAUUGUCAUCUUCAUGGUCUCAACCUGUCCUUCCUAUGUUGGGACCCCAGAGCAGGAUGCAGCAGACAUAAACAUGCAGAAGAGUGCCCAGUGCUUUGCACAGGCCCAGGUGCAUGAUGUACUGACACAGACUCUACUCAGAGAGAACCUGGCUAAUGAUUUUUAA